UCAGAAGGCCUCAUUACUCGUUAGACCCAAAGCCUCCGUCUCUUCCUUGCUUAUUCUCCAUCAUCUUUCCGGCCGUUGCCGGCGGCGGCGACCUCCGUCUCCGGUGGUCCGCUGUCGAAAACUCCGUCAAGACCUUGCUGAAAUGUUUUAUGUUUAGGUUUUGAGGCUAUAAGCUUUGGAUCAGAGUUAUCUAGGGCAAAAUGGUUACCGGGAUGAUUCGUUGGCCGUGGCCGACGAUUGUGCUGAGGAAGUUUGAGGUGAGGUUGAUGGUGAGGGGUAUCAAGGGUCUGACAAUGGCUGCACCGGCGGAGGAGUCGCCGGAGAGUGCGGGUAUGAUGAUUGCAGAGGUGAGGUGGAAGGGACCAAAGACGACCGCUCUGAGGUCUCUGAGGAGGUCAGUGAAGAGAAACUGUACCAGGGUGGAGGCGGUGAAGGGGGAUCAAGGGGAGGUGGAGUGGAACGAGGAGUUUGGGAGCGUUGUUGGUCUGACGGCGCAUAAGGAGAACGCUUUUAACCCGUGGGAGAUUGAGAUUGUCGUGUUCUAUGUGAGUCUGCAUCCCCAUGCCCUCUACCACGGUUUAAAGCAGGUGUCAAAGAACAAGGCAUCGAUGAUUGGCACAGCUUCUUUGAAUAUUGCUGAAUAUGCUUCUACCUCUGGAGAAGAACUUGAGCUUGAUGUUCCCUUGUUGAGUACGAGUUUUGAUGCUGACUCCCGACCGACGCUUCAUCUGACACUCAAACUGCUCUUGAGAUCCCGCCCAGAAUUACCAGAGGCAGUGCAGAGGCCAGCGGUACCAUUUCCCUCUUCUCCUCCCACGGGAGUUACUCUUUCAGAGAAAGAUGAGCUUUCUGCUCUGAAAGCUGGAUUGAGAAAAGUAAAGAUACUUACAGAGUAUGUGUCGGCCAGGAAAUCGAAAAAAACUUAUCGUGAGGAUGAAAGUAGCGAUGGUAGGUGCUCGGCUGGGAGUGAAGAAGUUGAUUACAUGUGUCCGUUGGAUUUGGAUUCCUUGGAAGAAAAUCCUGAUGUAGAACUCGAAGAUGGAAAAGAUGACGUGACCAUUCGGAAGUCUUUCAGUUAUGGUUCAUUGGCCAAUGCAAAAUAUAUCGAUGGUGUAUUUUUCUCAGACAUCGGAAAGCAUGAAGAUUUGGUUUACUACAGUCACCGUAGAUCUGAUGUAGGCCGUUCCCAUGGAGAGGAGGCCAUAUCAUCUGUUCAUGAGCAAUCUAUUUUGCAUAAUAAAAGAAGAAUCCUUCCAUGGAAAAAAGGGAAAUAUAAUUUUAGAUCUCCUAAGGCCAAAGGAGAGCCUUUGUUGAAGAAAGAUUAUGGAGAAGAGGGAGGAGAUGACAUCGAUUAUGACCGGCGCCAGCUCUCUUCCUCUGAUGAAUCUCUCUUUCAACUGGGUCACAAGAGUGAUGGUGAUGGAUCAGCUUACAAUUCAUUGGUUUCAGACUUUGGUGAUGAUAAUUUUGCUGUAGGAACUUGGGAGUCAAAGGAGAUUAUUAGUCGAGACGGAUGCAUGAAGCUCUCCGUUGACGUAUUCUUUGCAUCCAUCGAUCAGAGGAGCGAGCGAGCGGCCGGUCAGAGUGCUUGUACGGCUCUCGUCGCCGUCAUUGCGGAAUGGUUCAAAUUAAACCGGGACACUAUGCUCCUCAAAUCUCAGUUCGACGGCUUAAUACGAGAAGGCUCGUUGGAGUGGAGAAAUCUAUGUGGUAACCAGGCAUACAUUGACCAGUUCCCUGACAAGCAUUUUGACCUUGAGACCGUUCUCGAGGCAAAGAUUCGCCGGCUAUCCGUUGUACCCAAAAAGUCCUACAUUGGAUUCUUCCAUCCAAUAGGAUGCGAAGGUAUUGGUGGCUUCGACUUCUUGCAAGGAGCUAUGUCUUUCGAUAGCAUAUGGGAGGAGAUUGCUCGUUCUGAGUCAGAUUGCCUGUAUAUUGUGAGCUGGAAUGAUCACUUUUUUGUUCUCAAGGUCGAGCAAGAUGCCUAUUACAUCAUAGAUACACUCGGUGAGAGACUUUACGAGGGUUGUGACCGGGCUUACAUACUGAAGUUCGAUCGUAGCACAACAAUUCAUAGGAAUAAAACCUCUUCCAAGGAUGGUCCCGGUGGAGAAGAAGGCAGCAAGCAAGCUGUGGCCGCCAAAGAACAGCUAGUUUGCAAGGGAAAGGAAUCCUGUAAAGAGUACAUCAAGAGCUUCCUGGCUGCAAUUCCUAUCAGGGAGCUGCAGGCCGAUAUGAAGAAGGGAAUUUCGCCCUCUACUCCCCUUCACCGUCACCUCCAGAUCGAGUUCCACUACACCGAGGUGGCGAAUGACAUCGAAAACUUUUCGGAGUUCCCGGCCCUACCAUUUUGGGAGUCGAGAAGUCAGAUUUCUUGGCCACAAGGGUCGGCAGCUGUGGUAGUUGUAUAGAGCCUUCUUGGAGCUACUAAUAUGCUAAAAACUCUUAGCUUAGCAUCACAGAUUUUGGUUGAUGAGGUCUUUACAGAUCAGAGUUUACCGAAUGUGUUUUCUCGACUGGCUGACGCAGACCGAACCACUUCCUUUUAUGGCGUUCGAUUCUCUUCCAGCACCGUCAUUGUAAAGAGAGAGGUACUUUAAUCUCUAGUUUGCCUGUCUGAUCUAUCAUCUGCUGAAAGAAUUAGGACUUGUAAUGUUAAGUCUGCUUUCCAGCAAUGUGUUUGUGUGUUCUACUAAUUGGUGGUUAUGGUAACAUCCUUUGUUGUAUGAUUUUGGAUUUGAGCAAAAAAAUAAAGAUUAAUUGGUUGGAAUAUUUUUUUAUCA